ACCCUGCUGUCGUGUGGACUUAACAGCCAUGAAUUGCGCCAUUUGGGACACAGCCUACAUUGACGUUUUUGCUCUGUGCACAAGAAUUGGAUGGCUUUUCAUCGUAUCUCGGAAAUGUGCUGAUGGUAUACAAUAUCCAGGUUUGGUCACAUUCCGUAACAUGUUGGAACAGACAAAGGCCGAAUGUGAGAAAGAGAAAAUCAUUUCAACUGACAGUCAGCACAGAGAAGAAAAGUGUUGCAUAUGUAGCCUACAUUUUGUCAACGUGUAAGGGUCCCGCUGGUGUUUGAGCACAUGGCAUAUGACAGCUCAUACACAGUCGUCAUCGUUCCUCUGCAGAACAGCCUGUUUAGUCUUGAUGCUCUGCAUUGCUUCCUCUGGCUAAAGAGACGACGAGAUAUGGAAAGGGAAAAGGAUGCUCUGUGGGCUGGAUUACAGGUUCUGGAAAAGGCACACCAAUGGUACCAGAAUCGACUGCAGCUGAACUUACAAAGAGAAGUUAACUCAAGCACAGGAGAGGACAGGUUUUCGUGUGCUUUGCGGUCAUGUAUGCAGCGUGUACAUGGAAGUCUGGGAACACUGAUGAGUGACACUUGUCUCUGGAGCAAUCCGGCCCCAGAGGAAGGAGAAGGUUCAGAUUGGGAUCUCCGCUGGACCAAUGCCACACUUGUCCAGGAGUUGAUUCAACAGAAUCUACAAAUUUCCAUGUUGGAGCUCGAGAAGGCUCAACUCCAGCGCCUGCUAUCCUCCAGCAAGACUGUGUGAUCAUCAGAUACCUUCAACUUUAAGGAUCAUUCAGAUCAUGAAGUGAAUUUCUGCUUCUAAGAUUAGAAACCUAGAUUUAAAAACUAAUUGAAAAUCUUUUUUGUCACUCUAUUGCUUUUUUGGCUGGACUGUCCUAUGGAUCACUUGGUAGAUUGCGGUAGCAAUGCAAAGGUUUGAUUCAGUUACCACA